GUCUCUUUCUCAGUGGGGCUAUUUCUCUAAUUAAUAACCUCUCCAAUCAAUAAAAGAGCAUAAAACGAAACUUAAUACGAAUUUGUCAUUUUAUUAUUUUGGGUUCAACAUACAUACAGUCCUACAUACAUACAUAAUAAUAAUAACAUUUUUGUGUGUAUAAAGGGGAUCAAAUGGGUCAGGCAUUUCGUCGAGCAACUGGAAGGAUCGGAAGUUCUAGUGUUGGUACGUCGUCGUCGCAACUGAAGAAACCCAUUGACCGGAAACCACCGGUGGUGAAUAAAACCCCUGUCGAAAAUGUUGGUCCAGUUCCCGAGAGCAGCCCAAAGGUUGCUGUUAAAAACACCUUCGAAGAGAGAGAUCCCAAGUUCGAUGCAAUGCUUAGUCAAAUGGUUGGUAGAAUUCAAGCUAAGCCUGGUGGAAAACUAGAGAUGGGUGAGGUGAUGGUGGAGAAGUAUGAUAGACCCUUACCUAAGCUAAGGAAUAUAACACCAGAGUCCAGCAGAUAUGAGGAAAGGCCUGCUCCUACAGGGACACUGAAUGUGGCACAGAUAAGAGAAAUUAUACUCCUGCAUCAAGGCAGAUCCGAUGAUCACAAAGGUCCUAUGGAUAUCAACGGAAUUGCUGAGCGGUUUCGAGUUGAUGCUGCUCAGGUUCAGAGAAUUCUGCAGUUCGUAUCAUUACCUCCGGAAGACACUAGUAAAAAGAGGAACGCUUAAGUGUUUCUAUCAUAUUUUAUAGCCAUGGAUAGUUCAAAGAAUGAGUGAGUUUACACUUACCCUGAGGUGGUUUUGCAUCAAUUUUAUCACAAUUUUGCAGCUGUAAGUUCGUCUGUUGUAAUAAUGACCUACCAUCAUGGUCCUGGAGAAAAAAUGAAUACAGUAGCCAUGGUAACUUUUAGAAAAUGAGUGAUACUGAUGAUAUUUGUUGCACCUGAA